AUGAUGGACCUGAUUCGGGCGCUGGAGUCGUUGGACUACGACCGCGCGCGCACCCUGCUCCGCGACCACCCCGAGCUGGCCACCAACCGCGACGACGAGGGCUGCGCCGCCAUCCACUACGCCGCCGAAAUACCGGACCUGCAGCUGUUCGUGGCGGUGUUGGAGGCGGACCCGUCGCUGAUCGACAACCAAGACCAUCACGGGUUCACACCGCUCUUCGUCGCCGUCACCGCGGGGCACGCGGACAUUGUGAAGCACCUGAUCGGGAAGGGCAGCCAGCUGGACCAUGUGGAUAUGGACAAGCACACGGCCGUGCAUUGGGCCGUGGUGUCGGGACAGGUAGGGGAGAUGGUCGCGAUCGUCAACACUUUUAGCCUCUCAUUAUGGGUCCCUUCCACUCUGAGUGUGGUGGACGAUCAAACGUGGAUAGGUAGAAGAUAGUAGACACAAGAUUAGGAAUAGGUUUAUUGCGACCGCCCAAAGAAAAGAGAAAUGAGAUUAAUAAAGUGAUAAUCGGUGACGUUGCUUUUAUAUGACUUGGUUUAUGCCAAUUUCUGUGGGAAUUGUGGAGAGGUUUGACCCUCCACAACACUGAGCACACGUUCUACAGUGGGGGACCUGAUCCAGUGGCAAAAAAAGCACCAGUUUGGGUCCGCUGGAUCAGGUCCGUCACUGUACAAUUAUAAUAGAAUAGUUAUGAAUCUGGGUCGGAAAUUGGCAGAAACUCAAAGCUUUUUCACAGAUUUGCAGUGUUGAUACUGUGACGGGCCUGAUUCAGUGGCAAAAAAGUGCGAUUUUGCAUCCGGGAAGAAUCAAAAAUGUGGCAAAAUGCUUCCCUCUUCAAGUGAAAAAACUCCGAUUUCAAAAGCGCUCCCGCUCUUUUUGAGGCAAAGGUCCCUUCAAAAACCGAGUUUUUUUCUUGUAGUGGGAGGUAUUUUGCCACAUUUUUGAUACCUCCCGGAUACAAAAUGGUACGUUUUUUGCCACUGGAUCAGGUCCCCAACUGUAAGUCUAUCGGGAAAAUAACGGCGGGUUGUCGCAGCGAAAUGUCUCGCCUCAACGAAAAAAUGCUGCAGUUGCGCAUCAAAUUUCCAGUUAGGCUAGCCGUUGCGAAGCAAAAGCGAUGAUGGGCGCUAAGGCGUGAAGACCCGCCGUUAUUUUCCCGACAGACUGAUACAAGGCCAAAAAGUCUUGACAGGUCUGAAAAGAGACCUUAUCGCAAAAGGUGGCAUCUCCACGAACGACGGCGAGGCAAACUCCCUUUAUGCUGAACAUUUUUUGCUGCUGGAAAACGCUGAUUUUUUUCAGGGUUUUUUUCCGACUGGAUGACGUUAGAAAAACGCUUGAAAAUAGAUGUGAACUAAACAAAAAACGAAUCUUUAAAAACCUCUAAAAUAAUAAUUUUUUCAGGUCUCCGCGCUACAAGAACUGCUAAACAAUGGGGCGCCGUACGACACUCCUGAUCUUUAUGUAAGCAGAAAGUCACUUUCAAAAAUUGUCUAUAUGUAUACCAUUGUCUAUUCUAAACACAAUAUUUUUCCCGUUUCAGGGAGCUCGACCUCUACAUUACGCUGCAACAUUAGACGAGUUUGAAGAGAGCCGCGCAGAAGCGGUGCUGAACGCGUUGUUGAAGGUGGAUCAGGACGUAAAUUGCCGAGAUCUCGACGACCGAACGCCCUUGUUGUGGGCGGCUAGCGGAGGUGGGUUACUGUAACAUUUUAUGGCUAUAUGCAUUAGAUAUCAGCAUGUCGGGAAAAUAGUGAUUUUUUAGCUGCAAAGUAAAAAAGUCAAAUUCGCAGUGUGUUGGCGAUGAAAAGCAAAAAAGUCUACGAACUUGAUGAAAAUACUAGCAAUAAAUUUGGGCUUUCUAAAAACAGUUUUAAACGUCCGGUUUACACUUGUAUUUUUUGAGUGCCGAACACCCACACAAUGCUUCGUAGCGCAUGCCUUUACACUCCAAACACAAUUCAUUCUCUAGAUACCUACAUUUGUAUGUAUUACGAGAAUUAAAUUUGGCUAGUUAUUCAUUGAAUGUCAGCUUGUGGAUUUUAGCAUUGCGGUUUGAAUAUUCGUCUCAGUCGGAGAUAUUCAUUGCAGCAAUGCUAAAAAAUAACAACACUGACUGUCUUUCAUUCUAAUUUUUUUAAUUAUAUAUGUAUAAUAUCAAUCUGUCGGGAAAAUAAUGUGGAUUUGUCGCAGCAAAUUUUUCGUCUCAUCUCAUCGGCGGGCCAAAUCUCUUGCCGCGGCUAGCCGUCGCGAAGCGAUGAUGGCCGAGUCCUAAGCAAGAAGACUCAACAUUAUUUUCCCGACAGACUGAAAAGAGGUGGAAAAUCUUUUUUUGACCUAUUCUAUGAAUAACAUAGAGUUAGAUGAAUAAGAGGGCAGCGCGAUGCCCUACCUUUGCCCUACCCUGUGGGCUGCUUGACUAGACUUCCGGUGGAUCUUUGCUUCAGAAUACUGAAGCCGCAACGUAGCGCACAGAUAGCUUACCGUCUAAUACAAUACCCACGUAGAAUAUAUUCUGUACCUUUAUGAGCUCGAAUAACACAACACAACAAUAGUAUACUAUGACAAUAAUAUCUCGAGAUUAAUACCGAUCGAAGACGAUGGGGAAUUCCUGGAUUGGUCGACUGGCUGGGCUUAUAUAGGGCACUGGCUGGGCGGGACUUGGACGUUCUGGAAUGCUGAUGAUGGUACCAUUUGAUGAGGUGUCGAAGAUGGAGCUGCGGACGUCGUUGACAAGGGCCAAGAUAUCCUGGACAGAAGCUGAGAUGUCAAGGACAGAAGCUUAAGCAAGCUAUAUCUGGAUGUCCAAAUCUUGUCCUAAGGGACUAGAACAUUCUUGUGACUCAUACUUUACAACGGACGUGCGUCAUAGGCCAAAGGUCGCCCUAGGCGUAAACAUGUGGGCGGAGAGGCAUCAUAUGACUGCGUGAGUCAUCAUCCUGAGUUAGCAUGGAGUCCGCAGUCGUUGCGUUUACUAGAUCGGAGAACCUCCGAUCUAACUCCUUUACCCUUUUUCAAUAAGUCGACGCCUUGGUGAGGCGUUGGAAAACGACGAUAGAGUUGAUGAUCAACUCUAACCUUUAGUUAGAUGAAUAAGAGGGCAGCGCGACGCCCUACCUUUGCCCUACCCUGUGGGCUGCUUGACUAGACUUCCGGUGGAUCUUUGCUUCAGAAUACUGAAGCCGCAACGUAGCGCACAGAUAGCUUACCGUCUAAUACAAUACCCACGUAGAAUAUAUUCUGUACCUUUAUGAGCUCGAAUAACACAACACAACAAUAGUAUACUAUGACAAUAAUAUCUCGAGAUUAAUACCGAUCGAAGACGAUGGGGAAUUCCUGGAUUGGUCGACUGGCUGGGCUUAUAUAGGGCACUGGCUGGGCGGGACUUGGACGUUCUGGAAUGCUGAUGAUGGUACCAUUUGAUGAGGUGUCGAAGAUGGAGCUGCGGACGUCGUUGACAAGGGCCAAGAUAUCCUGGACAGAAGCUGAGAUGUCAAGGACAGAAGCUUAAGCAAGCUAUAUCUGGAUGUCCAAAUCUUGUCCUAAGGGACUAGAACAUUCUUGUGACUCAUACUUUACAACGGACGUGCGUCAUAGGCCAAAGGUCGCCCUAGGCGUAAACAUGUGGGCGGAGAGGCAUCAUAUGACUGCGUGAGUCAUCAUCCUGAGUUAGCAUGGAGUCCGCAGUCGUUGCGUUUACUAGAUCGGAGAACCUCCGAUCUAACUAUAGUAAAAGCCAUGUCUUUUUUUUAAAUGCUGAAGGUUUGUAAGCGCUGCGAGUUUUUUUGAUACUAGUCUUUAUCGGCAAGACCUAUCAGUCUGUCGGGAAAAUAAUGACCACUCUGUCGCAUCGAGAAUCGCAUCGCCAAAAAGAAAAUAAAUUGUGUCGCGGCAAAGUCAAAUUUUUUCACUUCAGUGAUCAGCGCAGCGACAUUGCGCCCAUUAUUUCCCCGACAGACUGAUGAAAGGAGAUGUGCCCCCAAUUUUUGAUGAAACUCAAAUUUAGGUCCAUUAUUUUUAAGACAAAUGAGGGAAUCCUAGCUCGCCCUUUGCUGAAAGAAUUGAUACUUUUAGAUCGAAUGAUGGAAAAAAUUACAGUUUUUUUUUUGCGAAGUUUGACAUCAAAAAGUUGCGUGCUCUAUCGUAGAGGAUGUUUCCACAAAAAAUAAAUUUUUUCGCACGAAACUGGCAAAUAAAUUGAAAAUGAAGACUUCACAUUAUUUUCCCGACGCACUGAUAUCCAACGACCUUUGCCGCCGAGAGAGUAUGCGAAACGCGGAGAGCGGACAAAGAGAAAAAUACAUUUUGGCCAUAUCUUUGCCGGUUUUGCAUGGAAAAUUCUGAUUUUUUGUGAGAACAUUACCCUCUAUGGUAGAAAUGGCUAGCAAAAUUUUCAUACCAAAAUUCGCAAAAAAAGCUGAAUUUUUUGCUUACUUUCGAUCUAAAAAUCUCGGUCGUUUCUGUAAAAACGCGAGCUGAGCAAAUUUUUUUAUGCGUCUCAGAAAAAAACUAUUCUAAAUUUAGGCCAAGUUUCAUCAAAAUCCAAGCGUCGCACAUCCCAAAUAACUCUUCAAACCCUCAUUUCUAGGAUUUCUCUACGCCUGCCGUCGUUUGAUCGAAGCCGGCGCCAACAAAUUCGCCGUGGACCGGGACGCUUUGAAUGCGGUGCAUUGCGCCGCAAGUCAUGGCCAUGUGGCCAUUGUUGGGCUGUUGAUUCAACAAACGCAAAGUAAGAAACUGAUCGAUGGAAAGGACAAAAAUGGCGACACCCCGCUCUUUUAUGCCUCCACGUUUGGGCAUUACGAUUGCGCUGAAAUGCUGUUGAAGAACGAUGCCGACCCGAAUCAUGUGGUAUGUUGUUGUCGUGUGUUUUUUUGGGCUGUGGAAUGUUUUUUUUAUAUCAGUCUGUCGGGAAAAUAAUGACCAUAACAUCGCUGCGCCUAUCGCUGAACUGAAAAGCUAUUUGAUUUUGCCGCGACACAAUUCAUUUUCUCGCCGUCAAUGCGAUUUUCGAUGCGAAAGAAAGCCCAUUAUUUUCCAGACAGACUGAUACUACUUUUUUUAUAAAGUGCCUAGACUUUUCGCCGAGAGCCAAAAUGCACAGUGCAAACGCCAAUUCGCACCGUGCACUUUUAGUUUUUGCACUGUGCAUCAAACGAUCGCCGAAAUUUGGGCUUUUUCCCAUUUUAUGUCGCUGCGGUUUUGCCGAAUCAUUCGCACGGUGCAAACUUCGUCGCUGCGCGCUUUGCACAGUGCGAACCGCUUUUUCAAGUUUGCACUGUGCGAAAAGCAGCAAAAUGCACGGUGCGUGAGCGUCAAGCAGGGAAAAGCGACAAAAUGCACUGUGCGUUCGCGAUGAAGGAAAAAAAGUCUACGGACUUUAUGAAAGCACUAGUAUCAGUCUGUCGGGAAAAUAAUGAGCUUUCUGUGGCAUUGAAAAUCCCAUUGCCGCCUAGAAAAUUAAUUCUUUCGCGCAAAAUCAAAUUGCUUUUCAAUUCAGCGACGUGGAAGGCGCAGCGACAGAAUGCUCAUUAUUUUCCCGACAGACUGAGAGAUUUUCGAGUGCUUUUGAAAAUGAUGACUAUUCAGUUUAUGUAACAUAUUUUAGGACAAACGCCUACGAACUGCGGCGCACUGUGCGGCCGCCAAGGGCCAAAUGAGAAUUUUGAAGCUCCUGCGACAAUUUGGAACCAGCUUUGACAUGCAGAAUUAUCGCGGAGACCUGCCGUUUCAUGAAGCCGUUCAGACCGGAAAUAAAGGUAAAGAAAACGAGUCUUCUUACUCUUAGAAGGUCAUUAUAUGUUCUAGUUUGGACCUUAGAUUAUAACAUAUAUGCAAAAAAAAGUACUGUAAAGUCGCAAAGUGUUGUUGAAUGUUUAAAAACAUCUUUGUUCUUCAGAAAUUGUCGAAUGGAUCCUGGAACUGCAGCCUCAAAAUGUGAACGUCCCCAACUUCUACGGGCGCACCGCUCUUCAUCUUGCCGCCGCAAAUGGCGACCUGGAUCUGGUCAAGUUGUUGGUCCAGAGAGACGCCGAAAUCAACAAUCUGAUGAUCUACAAGAAGAAAAUGGCGACCGCCAAGGACUUGGCCGACCAGCGAUCGCAUCAAGACGUGGUCGACUACUUGAGCAGGCAUGGCGGGAAGUUCUCCAGAGAUCUGGAUUCGGACUUCAUUGAGCUGUCGCGGGACAGCAUUGAGGACAAUGUAAAGUUGGCCAAGAUGCGAUGGAUGAAUGCGCAACGGCCGGGCGAGGAGUUGCCGGAGUCGAACAACUCAACGUUCUUCCAAAUGCUUCAAGGACGAAAGGUGAGCAUUAUGUUGUUCAGAAAGUUCGGUCGUUUUUUUAUUGAUUUGUUUUACAAAGAUUGUUUGUUGCGUGGCAAAACAAAUAUAUUUAUUUGAUACAGCUUUUUCUCCUCUACAAAAUUGUGGUUUCAGUUUUUUUUUUUAAAUUCAAUUUUUUAUUAUUUUUCCGGCUCAAAAGUGAACCGUCCAGGAGGCAAAAAUUUGCGUUUACGGCACCUGCUUUUUUCGCUUUUCAUCGAGGACAGCUGCAUCAAAUAAAUGUAUUUGCUUUGCCAAACAACAAACAAUCUUUGUAAAACAAAGCAAUAAAAAAACGACCGAACUUUCUGAACAACCUAAUAUUAAUACUAGCGGGGAAGUACAUUUUAUUUCAUACGCCCAAAAUUUGCGCCGACUACGUUGAAAAAAAGCGUGCUAUAUUGCACUUGCAUGGUGCAAGAGGUCAAAUGCUCGCCGCAGAAAUGCGUUUUCUGCACGGUGCGGCCCACGACAAAAGUCUACGCACUUUUUAACACGGCUAGUAUGCAAAAUUGAACUGCUAUUUCUUUCGCAACGUCGCUGGAGUGAUUCCGGCGACUUGCAUGGAUUUUUUGCUUUCUUUAUAUUGGAUGACUUUUCAGGAGAACUCAAUGAACUUGUCGGCAUCCGACAUGGGAAACCGCUCAUACUUCUCCAAUUCGAAUGGGCAGAACAAGGAAAUCCAGACGGAUGAGAUUAUGAUGGUGGGGAAGGAGAUGGUCGAAGAGGCCAUUAGGAAGGUGGUGCGGGAAGAUGGGAUAAAAUGUAAGUUGAAUAAAGGGGUAAAAAAUGUUGCAACAAAAAUUAAUUUUGACGAUCAGUCUGUCGGGAAAAUAAUGAGCACUCUGUCGGAUCGAAAAUGGCAACGCCGCCGAGAAAAUGAAUGUGUCGCGGCAAAAUCGAAUUGCUUUUCACCUUGGCGAUCAGAACAGCGACAUUCUGCUCUUUAAUUCCGUCUGUCGGCGCAAAAAGAUUUGGUGCGCGACUGCGACGAGUCAUUUUUCUGCGACAAUUCCACAUUAUUUUCCAGACAGACUGAUACAGUGGGGGAUCUGAUCCAGUGGCAAAAAUGGUAAGUUUUUUGCCAUUAGAUCAGGUCCGCACUGUAAUGUGGAUUUUUCACGUAUCAUUUUGUAUCCGGGAAGUAUCAAAAAUGUGUCAGAAAGCUUCCCUCUCCAAGUGAAAAAACUUCGUUUUGAAGGGCUCUCCCUCACAAAAAUAGCGAGCGCGCUUUUGAAAUCGGAGUUUUUUCACUUGGAGAGGGAAUCAUUUUGCCACAUUUUUGAUACUUCCCGGAUGCAAAAUGGUACGUUUUUUGCCAUUGAAUCAGGUCCCCCACUGUAUGUUACAUGUGAAACACGAUAUCGAUUUCUAAUCGAUGAUUUUUAUUAUACUUUCAGUAGUUCAAGAGAACACCCUUCAAAAGCCCAACGGAAUCAUUGUAAAUGGCCGCAAUCCUCAUCGCGACGAGAUCGCCAAUCAUAAUGGAGGCGGUAAAAGCAACAUGAAACAGACCAGCAAUGGAUCUGUGACUGGAACCGACGACGACUACCCACAAAUGCCCGACCAUGAGGAAUACGAAAAUCACGGUAAUUUUGCUUACAGGGGAAGUACUCCAAGUGCGACGCCUAGAUUUUGAUGAAACUUGGCACAAAUUUAGAACAAUUUUUUCUAACAUAUAUGCGAGAAUCCUAGCUCACGCUUUGCAGAAACAACCGAGAUUUUUAGAUCAAAAGUCGGCGAAAAUUUAGGAAUUUUUGCCGAAUUUCGGCACGAAAAGUUUGAUGCCUAUUUCUACCGUAAAGGAUAAUGUUUCUACAAAAAAUCAAAUUUUUCCGCACGAAACUGCCAAAGUUAUGGCCAAAAAGCGCUUUUCUCUCUGAAGCGUGAAGUGCGAGGCUCCGAUUUGAAUAAAACUUGCGAUGAAUUUUAUGAUUUUUUAAUAAAAUUCAAGCGAUUUCCCAGCUCGUGCUUUGCAGAAACGACCGAGAUUAUUAGAUCGAAAGUUGUGGGAAAUUUUGGAAUUUUUUUGCGAAUUUUGACAUGAAAAGUUUCAUGAUUAUUUCUACUGUAGAGGGUAAUAUUUCAACAAAAAAUCAAUUUUUUAUGCAAAGUACGGGCAAAGAUACGGCCAAAAAACUGAUUUUUCUCUGACCGCUCUCCGCAUUUUGUGUACUCUCUCAUCAAAAAAAAAUCUUUGAAUAUCAGUCUGUCGGGAAAAUAAUGAGCACUCUGUCGCUGCAAAAUUAAAACAGAAUCUGAGCGUCUCACUAGGACCACUUCUUCGGCAAACAAAUUUAAACCUGACGCUCUCAACUUUUCAGACGACCGCAAGGCCGGCAAAAAAGUCACCCUCGACGAGAGAGUGAUGCACAUCGAGGCCUACAACGACGAAUUCGACGACGAGGACGAUGACGAAGAGCCCGGAAGUCUGGCGCAGUUCCUCGAAGGCUCCGCGGAUCGCCGCUUCAUCCACGAAAAGGCCAUCUUCCAGGAGCUGACGCACCUGAAACGCAUCCAAAUCCAAUACGGCAAGGUUCAGGAGGGAGUGUUGGUGAGGUCGUUGAUCAACAACUUCUGCAAGAUGCAUGGGCUGAACCCGGCCAACUUCAAAUACACAACGUUUUACGCUUGGGAGAAAUUUCUAUAUGGUAAGUGGGUUACUGUAAUUUUUUUUGCAUUUUUUUACUCUUCAAAAAUGGGCCGUAUAUAGGGAAUUAUGCACUGUGAAACAGUUGUCAAAAUUUUUUUGGAUAACCGAUACCCUAACUAUGUUAGGGGACAUUUUAUACGAUGAAACAUGUUUUCGAUUAAUAAGGGAAGUGCUCCAACUGCGACGCUCAGAUUUUUUUCAAAUUUUGCGCACAUAUCAGACAUAGGCCAAAUAUAAAUUCCUGAAAGUUUUAGCUCGCGCUUUCCAACCGCAGCCGAGAUAUUCAACGAUCUUUGCGGCGGAGAGAGCACGCGAAACGCGGAGAACGGUCAGAGAAAAAACACUUUUUCGGCCAUUCCUCUGUCAAUUUCGCGCGGAAAAAAAUAAUUUUUUGUAAAAAUGUUGUACUCAAAGGUGGAAAUAGAUACAAAACUUUUCAUGUUGAAAUUCGACAAAAAAAGUUUUAAAUUUUUUUUCAACUUUCGGGCUAAAAAUCCCGGUCGUUUCUGCAAAGCGCAGGCUAGGAGUCUCAUAUAUGUCUUAGAAAAAAUUAUUCUAAAUUUGCUCCCAGUUUAUCAAAAUGUGAGCGUCGCACUUGGAGUACUUCCUCACGUAUCAAUUUGCGGAACUGGCACAAGUCAUCGGCGUUUUCAGCCCCAAAAUGGUCAAAAUAUUAGUUUUUUUUGGCAAAAGUACAGUGAAGCACCUGAUCCAGUGGCAAACAACGUAUCAUUUUGCAUCCGGGAAGUAUCAAAAAUGUGGCAAAAUGCUUCCAUCUCCCUGUGAAAAAACUUCGUUUUGAAGGGCGCUCACAAAAAGAGCGGGCGCACGUCAAACUGAGGAUUCCGGUGACCCGAAUAGACUCUUCGCUAUCGGUUUUUUACACUUCGUCUAUUUCGCAGAGAAAGAGAGAAAAAAGACACGCAAAAACGUACUCUCUCGCCCCAAAAAUUCCCCAUUUCUCCCCCGACAAAACGUUUUUUCGCGUCUUUUUUUGGCAAAUUGCCAAUCCAUUCACCGGACUGUUUUAGCUUGUCUCAGUUUGACGUGGGGCGCGCUUUCCAAAUCGGAGUUUUUUCACUUGGAGAGGGAGGUAUUUUGCCACAUUUUUUGAUACUUCCUGGAUUCAAGAUGGUACGUUUAUUGCCACUGGAUCAGGUCCGUCACUGAACUUUUGCAAAAAAAGUUUAAUUUUGACCGUUUUGGGGCAGAAAACGCGAUUAUUUGUGCCAAAUUCCGUAAAAAUUUAAAAGUCAUACAAGCGAUAUCCCUGUAGUACCCUAAUUUACUGCCUAAAAACCAAUUCGUCGCCAUUCAUUUGCACCUUUGACGUUCAACUCUCCUUUUAAGAUUUCCUUUCAGACCAACUGAAGCUGAUCUACCUGGAAGAGCGGGAGCGCAUCCAAACCGCCGCCUCGCACACUCCGCACAACUCGCAGCGAUUCGAGCGCCGACUGCGACGUGUUUCGCCGCUCUCCGACCGAAUCCGCGAACUCACCCGCAUCUACGCGAGCGCCUCGAACGCGGUGCCGAGUCGGCGCGGACUGGCGGCCAAAUCGAGGCGCUCCAUCAAGACGGGCAGCUCGUUCCCGCGCAGCAACAGUAAGACCAGGUCCAGCUCGCUGAAGCACCGCUGCAUCCACUCCAGCCACAGUUUGGAGGAGAAGGGCGGGCAAAAGCGCUGCAAUUGCUUUAAUCGCGCCAACAACACGACACACCACAAUCACCUGUUGUUGGAGAAGAACUGGAAGCCCUAG